AUGCGCGCCCGCCAGCGGCGGCCGGAAGUCACGGCACCGGCCCAGGAGGCCACGCGCGGCGAGCGCGGAGGGGCGGGGCCGGGCCGCAUUUCCCAGGCGCCUCCGCGCGCUGGGGCCCGUGGGCGCGGGAAGGCCCGUGGGAAGCCGGCCGCCGGGUGCGGUGCCCCGCGACAAACAAAAAUUUGGAGCAAGAGGACGGGGACAAGGAAGUGGAGAGGAACCGUCAUUGACUCGCUGGAAGGAGAAAAGGAAAUGAAGCUGGCAGUCACUUCCAGCCCCGGAGAGUGCGUGGGUUUCUCAGCUGAGCAAUGACAUUGCCAGUGUCCUCACUGGAUGCAGGACGUGACCUUGUUAUUCAUUGGCAAAUCAUCCUACAUAGGGGUUGAACAAUCGAAAGCAUUUCUGGACAUUUUUCAUCAAAAUAGAUUUCAAAAUCCCAUGGAACUGGAGAGUGAUUGGUCUGUCCGGAAAGGGUUACUAGAAUGUGAAGGUAAGAAGAGGAUGAAGAGGAGCGAGGACACCCUGGGAGAAGAUGACCUGGUACCCAGCAAGAAAUGCCGGGCCCAGCCCUGGAAGUAUGCAGGAAGCAACGGGGAGCGACCCGUGCGCUUAGACGACGACGAAGGAAAAGAAAGAAACUCGGAGGACGCUGGGCCUUCAGCCGGGACCAGCCCCACCCCAGGGCCUGACCUGCGCGUGGCGGCGCCUCCAACCCAGACGCCCUCCGACAGAACAAGUCUGGGGUCUCCACCGGAGUCGGACGGGGACAACCCGGGGUGGCAGGAAGCCCAGGCCGCCCGCGACAAGGUGGCCGAGCCGAGGUGGGCGUGGCGUGGCCUCCCCAACCUGGGGAACACCUGCUACAUGAACGCCGUGCUGCAGGCGCUGCUGGCCAUCCCGUCCUUCGUCGAGGGCUUGCUCCUGCAGGGCGUCUCCUGGGGGACAGCGCCCUCGGGGGCUCUCCUCACGCCCCUGAGCUGGCUGCUGGUUUUGAAAGAUUUCUGCAAGGUGGAGACCAAGCAGGGGCUGCUCCUGAGCCUCAAAAGGGCCAUCUCGGCGUAUGCGGAGCCCUUUCAGGGGAGCCAGCAGAACGACGCGCAUGAAUUUCUAGGCCAGUGUUUACAGCAGCUCAAAGGCGAGUUUGAGGAUCUAAAGGCCACCUGCAGCGCUAGCGGGGAGGCUGGGGGGGACCCAGCCCCUGAGCUGUGCGCCGGCAGCCCUGCCACCCAAGCAUCCCACUGCCCUGUUAGUGCGAAUUUUGAGUUUGAGAUGCAGAUCUCCAUCACGUGCCAAGCGUGUGGCUGGGUGGUCCUCAAGACAGAGCCCAGCAACCACCUGUCCCUGGACCUGCACCGCGGGACCGAACCGCCGCCUCUGUCCGUGCAGACCGCGCUGGACCUCUGCUUUGCGGCCGAGGAGCUGCAGUCCAGGUGUGAGCGGUGCCGGCACAGGCUGCCCCGGGUGCUCAUUGUCCACCUCAAACGCUACAGCUUCGACGACGCCUGGCUGCCGGUGAAGAAUGACCAGCGGGUCCUCGUCCCGUCCUUGGUUCUGUCGUCUCAGUGCAGCGCAGACACCAAGCCGCCCCUCCCCGUGGUCAGAAGGGCGCCUGCGGGGGACGCCAACGACCUGCAGGCCGUCUCUCAAGAGUCGCUUUCUGCGGUCACCAGCCUGUCCUCGCCAUCCGAGACGCAGAGCUCCGCAUCCCGUGGGCCCCGAGGAGUCCAGAGCACACGUGGAGGAGCAGGCAGGACCCAGCGGCAGGGAGGCCUGGAGUCCCAGCAGACCGACCCCGGACGCAGGGCGCCUGAGCGGGGACAGGCCACCGCAGACUCCGCGGCGGCCGAGGAAGGCCGCCCCCUGCCUCAUGAGGACAGAGGGGAGCCAGUCAGCACCCCCCGCUCAGUGCUUGCAGAGGUGCCUGGGAACGCAGAACCUCAGAACAGUGAGAAAACCAACUCCGGGGGCGUCCAGGGAUGUCCAGAGAAGGACACGAGUGGACCCACAGAAGCCAGACCUCCGGAAGCCGACCAGGACGACUGUGGUGCGUCGGGUUCUGACAGGGGUCCUGAACACCAGGACCCUAUCCCCGAGGCCCGGGCACCAGACGCUGAGGGGUCGGGAGGUCCUCCUCCGGCUUACAGGCUGGUCAGCGUGGUCAGCCAUGUCGGGAGCUCCCACGACUCGGGCCACUACAUCAGCGACGUGUUCGACUUUCAACAGCAGGCGUGGUUCCUGCACAAUGACCUGAAGGUGUCGCAGAUCCCAGAGGCCCUGGUGUGGGAGGCCAGGAAGCGCACGGGGUACCUACUGUUUUACAUGCACAAUGAGAUUUUUGAGGCAUCCUUGGAAAUGACAGCGGGUUCCCAGAAACUUAGCGACUCAGAGGAGACCCCUUGGGACAACUUGUGA